AAUGAUAUUGUUUUGCUUGAUGUGCAGGUAGACACUGGGAUAAGGUUUGACUGGGAUUCUAAAGAACAGAACAUCAUAAUAGGCAGUUUCUUCUGGGGCUACAUCUGCACAGAACUGCCUGGAGGGCGGCUUGCGGAACUGAUCGGUGCAAGGAGAGUGUUUGGCUACUCCACACUGACAGCUGCACUCAUCACUCUCAUCACUCCGAUGGCAGCAAGACUCAGCUACAUCGCUGUCGUCAUUACAAGAGUCAUCUUGGGCUUUAUGUUGGGAGCUACAUGGCCUGCAAUGCAUCCCAUGGCUGCCAAAUGGAUCCCGCCUAAUGAGAGGAGUAAAUUCAUUUCAAACAUGAUGGGUAAGUUGUGAAAUAGACAAUUCUUG